GAAAGCUUCAUGUGAUAGUUCCACCUGUCGCAGCAUUGAACACGCCGGGCGUUCUAUAAGUACUUUGUCUCUUGUUGACAUCACUUCCAAUUCUAUCCUUUUUCUAUCGCCUUUUGCUGCUCUGAUCGCACCUCCUCCUCUCAUUAAUCAAGCUCGAGAUAUUCAUCUAUACCAAUCGCAACCAUGGCCGCUCCAUCAAGCAAGACCGCCAAGAACCUCACUGGCAAAUGGACCAUGAACAAGACCCUUUCUGACUCCUCGGAGCCGGUGCUUGCCCUCCAGGGCAUUGGCUACCUGAUCCGCAAGGGAAUCGGCUUGGCCACCAUCACCAUCCAGGUAGAGCAGUACGAGGGCCCUCCCAGCCCGCCCAACACGGCCGCCGACGUCGUUUCCCACAUCGACAUUACGCAGUCUGCCUCGGGCCUGUCCAGCACGCAGGAGGACCGCUGCUUUGACGACUUUGAGCGCGAGCACUCCGACUGGCUGUUUGGCAACGUCAAGGGCCGCAGCCGCUGGGCGAAGCUGGACGAGGUCACGGAUGAGUUCCUCAAGAAGGGCUGGGAGAUUGAGGGCGACGGUCUGUUUAUCACAAACUCUGCCAAGAAUGAGGAGAAGGGCUGGACUGCCGAGCAGGUCUGGGGCUUCCAGCUCGUCAACGGCGAGCGUAGGUACUGCCGAAAUGUUGUCGUGACUAAGGGAAGUGAGCGGGCUCAGAUCCGACUUGUUUACGACUUCAAUGAUGAUGAGUAAGGAAUGGGAAACGAGAAAUAUCGAUCAAGUGGCGGGAUGUAUGGUGAGAGUAUGAAGGUAUAUGACUAGGAUGAUGAGUUGAUUUGCUGUUCUUAUUUGAUAUCGCAUCAUACAAAAGAGCUAGAUGGCAGAGAAAAAGCGUGGCAUUAGACUAUAGUUAAGGCCAAAGAAAGCUUUCGUUUCAGUUAUUUCAGGAUAAAUCUAUAUCAUAAAGCAUACAUGUCUUUGAUAUCGUCUUCCUAUCUAGACUCAUGAUUUAUUACGAUUCUGGUGUUGAACCCUAUACUAAGAGUUGAUAACCUGCUCACACCAUGAGCUCUCUCAUAGCAAGAAAUUCUCCUUUUUCACACACUUUCCACAGCGUGAAAAGGGGAGAAACAAAUAUCCCUCCAACGCAUGUUGAAUAAAUGCCAAUCAUCUUCCAAACGCCGUCUACCUAAAGAGCUGCAAGCGACGCUUUCGCACUCCCGGUAACCGUAGAAAGGGCAAUUUUGCUUGAAUAUUUUUUUUUACAUCUCCUCAUCGUUGAUUGCUUACUCCAACCCCUCACCAAAUCGAAAAGUUUAAGCCGGCCGUCUCUUAACAAACUCUUCCAAAUCCUGCACCGUCGCCACACCCAGCACAAACCUCCGAUUCUCAUCCGUGACAACCGCAAACUCCUCCUUCCACGGGCCCCCCGACACGUUUCCCCGAAAGAAGGCCUCGAGCUCCUCCAGCGGGGUCUGCAGCGUGAUGACCUGGUACUUGCGACCUUUGCGCUGGAACCUCGUCAUGGCGGCGGAGACGGGGUCGUUGGGCUGGACGCGGCCGGCUUCCAAGAGGGACUGCAGGUGGGGGAUGGAGAUGUAGCCGAGCAGGGCGCGGGUUUCGGAGUCGACAAUGGUGAGGUGUGUGUAUUCGCGCUCAAAGGCGGAGAGCAUUGCGAUGUUGAUUGCGUCGGAGGGGUUGAGGGAGAGGGCGGCGGGGGGGUCGAGAUCUUCGACGGUGGC